AUGGAGCACGCACUUCGUCCUACUAUUCACCAGUCGUCUCCUCUGGACACCCUCGUUCGCCGAACAUCUUCUCGCAGAGGCCCGUUGACUAUAGUAACUCCCGUAACUCCAAUCACUCCUCCAAGACCAGGAGACGCCACGGCGUCUGGAUGGGCUCAAGACUCGCCCAUCCUACAUACACGUUUCCGGACCUCCACUACCACAUCCCUUGCCUAUUCGGACCAUGGACGCUCUGGGAGCGAUGCACACUCAACAUUCUCGUGGGCGGCGAAGGAUGACUCUUUUUCUGAAGAUCAGCAGAGUCGCGGGCUGCAUCCUCUCGUAGGUGCUCGUCCGGGUCAGAACACCAGAGGCGAAAUACUGGUCGAGUCUGUUUACUCUCAAGUCAGCCACGACAGGUAUGCCCCAACCGGAUCGUAUCGCGACUCGUCUGGCACGCCUAAGCAGCGCGAGCCACCAUGGCAGCCGUCUGAGGAGGCUGUCCCUAUUGUUGUUGUCUCUGACGAGCCGGACCAGCAGUCAAUCUGCUCAGGAUGGCCGGCCGCGCCCAGUCCUCCUUCGCAGAGCAACACUGGUCGGAUGCCAUCUCGUGUGGAAGGUGGCAUCAACUUUUCGAGGCCUAAUCUGCCACAUGUGGACAGAUCGGAUGGACGCAAGCGCGAAGUCUUGCGACGAAAUCAGCAGCGAACAUCGCCCUCGCAGCCUGGCUCAUCACAUCAACCUGGGCGAUCCCCCCUUGGUCAGUACGAGCAACAUGCCGACUCGAGUCGGCCCUCCACGAGCAUGAGCAUGAACAGCCGUGAUACACCAUCCCCGCAACCUCCGUCGGUCAGAUCAGUCAGUCCAAACGCGUUCCACAAUCCCCGCUCUCAACCUCCCCACGCCGUCGAGAACAGUGCUGCUGACAUGCAACUGUCAGUCUCGUCGUCAACAUCGGCCCCUCCGCCGAGGCCACAGCGGCCGUCGCACCUAAGCCUGUAUUCGGCUUACUCAUAUUAUCCUCCGGAUGCCGUCGGAGCUCUCCCUCCAAGUCCAAAUGACCAAACUUCGCAGAAGUCACUAUCCCCCAGCAGUCUCAGUCCAAACUAUGUCCCCGGAUCACGAUCUCCUACAGCUACCUCAACGCCCCUUGCAACCGAUGUCAACAAUCCCCAUACGCCGCAGGACUAUUUGCAGCUUGGGAUCCAGCACCACGAAGCGAACCGACUCGUGGAGUCGGCAGUGUGCUUCGAAAAAAGCGCGACGCUGCAAGGCGGAUGUCCUGUAGGGAUGCUGAUGUGGGGGCUGACACAGCGGCACGGCUGGGGUUGCGCGAAGAGUGAACAGGCCGGAUUCCGUUGGCUGAGACGCGCUGCAGAAGUUGCUGUAGAGGACCUAGAGGGCUCGAGGCAAGGUAUGGAUGCCGGUGCUGUGAAGACGGAAUUGGUACUGGCAAUUUAUGAGGUCGGCCAGAGUUUCUUACGAGGAUGGGGUGUGGAGAAAGACAAGGCGAUGGGAGUUAGCUACUUCAGAGUGGCUGCUCGUCUUGGCGACCCAGAUGCCCAGCAAGAGCUCGCCUUCUGUCUUGCCAACGGGAAGGGAUGCAAGAAGGAUAAGAAGGAAGCAGCCAAGUGGUAUCGUGCCGCGGUCGCCCAAGGCGUGAGUGACGUUGGACUUGCAUGGAUAUACAAGGAAAAAUACCAAUGA